AUGAUUUGGAAAGAUGAAAAGACUAUCAGUACCGAUGAUCUAUCUAAUCAAGAGAAUAAGCAUUUUGGUGAUACUUCAAGUGACAGUAUUUCCCUAGACACUCAUCAAAACCCAGCUCAACAAAAACAAUCAGCUAUUUAUGAUCAAAAACGAUUUGAUAAUUUUAAUUGUUUGUCUCAACAUGAAGAAUUAAUAGAAUUACGUACAAAACCUUCACAAUCUCUAAAGUUUUCUCAAUCAUCUAAUUCAAUCAAUUUAAAAUUAUACAACGAUAAUUCUUUUCCUAUAAUAUUUAAAUUGAAAACAACUGAGCCCGAUAUAAUCGCUUCUCAGCCGGCUCGUGGUUUUAUUCAAGCUAAUUCAUUCAUUGAAUGCCGCUUAACUUCAAUUGAAACUGACUAUCGAAUAUUAUUUGUUGUACAAUAUACACGAAUCUUAAAUCAAUAUGAUGAUUAUAUAACACAAUGGAAAAAUUUAAAAUCAGAAAACAUUUAUAUAAAAAAUUUCCAUUGUAAUUUUCAAUUUAAUUUUCAACAUGAAACACAAAUAGAUAGCAAACAAAAAUUUUUGAAGCCAAUAUUAUUUACAUUUGCAACUAUUACUCUUCUAACUGCUUUUAUUUAUUUCAGAAAUAAAUAA